AUGGUGGCCGCGCUCGCCAGGGUGGUCGCCGGGUCCGCUGCGCCGCCGGCUAAGGGGCCCGGUGGCGCCGGGCUGCUGGCGCAGGCGCAGGCGCAAGAUGCGUCUAUGGCCGAGGCGUGCUGGCCGUACCCGUACGCCGAGCUGCAGCCGCACGUCGCCGAGCCGUCGCCGAGCCGCUUCGUGCUCCACGCCUCUGUGACCUUCCAUGCAGGCCACAGCGCGACGCAGCUGUCGGAGGAAUAUUGGCCUGCGGCGGCGGCGGCGGCCGCUAGCUCCUCGCAGCACCGCGCCGCCUCGGCCGGCGCGGACGACGACGAGCUCCCGUCCCCGCCGUCGGCUGGUGGAGUCAGCAGCAGCAGCACCAGCGCCAGCAACCGGGCGGCGGCGCGGAGGCGGUACCGCGGAGUGCGGCAGCGGCCGUGGGGGAAGUGGGCGGCGGAGAUCCGGGACCCGCACAAGGCGGCGCGCGUGUGGCUGGGCACCUUCGAUUCGGCCGAGGCCGCCGCGCGGGCCUACGACGGCGCCGCGCUCAGGUUCCGCGGCAGCCGCGCCAAGCUCAACUUCCCCGAGUCCGCCACGCUCGCUUCCGCGCCGCGCGGGCCUACGACGGCGACGGCCCAGCAGCGGCAGCAUCCGAGUCUGGCUCCAGCCGCGCGGCCUGCCCGGCCGGAGGCGCUGCUGGAGUCGCAGGCGCUCCCCGCUGCCGGAACGGACCCCUACUCUGAGUACGCCAGGUUCCUGCAAAGCGGCAGCGGCGGCGGUCCCAGCGCGUCGUCGGGGGUACUUCCGACUACAAGUGUUAGUGCUACGUUACUGCCUGCACCACCGCCUUCUACUGCUGCCUCGGCGGCUACGGCGUACGGGUUCGGAGCAGAGGGCGAGGCCCUGGGGGGCUACGGCUACCUCUCGCCGCCGCAGAGCCGCGCGGGCUCAGGAACGCCCCCGGCGGCGUGGGCGAGCGUCUACAGCUCGUCGUACCCGCCGUGGCGGUGGGACCAGUCGGGUUGAUCACAGUCAACGGCUCGGCGCGAAAACGGCCGCCCGGGCCGAAUUUUUUUUUUGCAUUUUGACUCUUUAUCGGAAAACAAAUCACGUUUAAACCCUAAAAAAAAUUAAUGUUAUCUUUAAACCCUUUGUUCAACGUCAUAGGCUAUUUUUGUUUUUUUGACUAAUUUACCUCUUUCUACUGUACUGAAUAAAUGCCAUCAGAUUUAUCAUUUUCUUGACGAAGGGGCAAAGCCCCCUAUUUCAUUAAAAAAUAGGAAAGUUUGAAACAA